UGGAGCUGGGGAUCCGUUGUCCAGCAUAGCGUUCAGGAUUGCAGAUCCUGACUGCCUGGGUACAAGGGGGACUUUGAACCCAUCACACUGCAGAUCUGUCUUCCCAUCUGUAAAAUGGGCAGGAACAGCAGCACCCAGCUCCCCUGUCACAGCGUGCGGUGCGUGCUCUGGGCUCAGGGGUGGUGGCCCAACAGCCCCGCCUCAGGUGGCCAGGACCCUUGAGAAACAGCAUGUUAAGGGACCCAGCCUUUUCUGAGUACUCAGUCCCCCAGCAGGUGUUCAGGGGUCUGAAGGCUCCUCACCUGUCCCUGUGCAGUCAGCAAGCCCAGAGGUUUGGGACUGGAUAAAGCCAUUGUUCUGACAGCCACAACCCACUUGGGGUCUGCCAUCCAGGGUCCUUGGGAGUCUUGGGCCCUGCAUCAGGGUAGGCUAGGGAGGAAUCUACCCAGGAAGCCUUUGUUUUCGGGCGAGGAGGCCAUGCCUGAAUUAGCUCUGACAGCCUUUCUUCAAGCUCACCUUGCCAGGUGUCCUUUGGGGACACCAGGGAAACACCGGGAGGCAGAAGUGGCCCCUGGGGACUGUCUUGUUAGCUGCUGGCAAGUGGCUGAAGAAAUGGAAAUUGGAAGGACUGGUCCCCUCCUCUGUGUCCCCGCUCUCCCCCGUGGCUCCCCUUCUUUCAAGAAGCAUCUGUGCUCCCUGUUUGUCCAUUCCCCUCUUGCUUGUCAUUGGGAGCCCCGGGGGGAGGGGGAGGGGCUGCAGCUGUGAGGCUUUCCAUCCUGGGACCUGGAUCUGUUCCUCCAGUCACUGUGGAGAUCACCUGCAGGCACCCCAGGGGCCUGAGAGGGAGAGAAGAGGGGUCCUAACUACACUAUUAAUUCCUACCCCCAGCAGAAGUGGUGUGCUAGAAAACAAGGUACGGAGAGCCCCCCCUGUAGUUUCAGGUCCCCUCAGACUGGGCUCUCUCAGGUUCACUGUGCUGGGUCCCGGCUCCGGCUGCCCUCCCGUGGCAUUGAGCUGAGGCAGGUGCUGGGGGGCUUGCAGCGAAGAGGGAGGAGCCCCUCCCCUCAUUCUGUUCACACCCCUCUUCUGUCCGGAAGCCUUGGCCUUGGCCGGCCCCUCCCUGCGGGACUCAGCCCUUGCUCCUCCCUUGGUGGUUCCGGCCUUCUGGGGCCUCCAGACUUCCUGCUAACUGCUAGGUCCCCACACUCCAGUGGCAGGUCUGGGAGGUCCCCCAUCCCACACGUCUUUCUGCCAGGAUGACCUGCCUCCCCCGGUCUCCAUCCCGGAAGCUGUUCCUGGCCUUCAUCCUUCCGAAUCCUUGAGACCUGGGACCCCCAACAACUGGACCCAACGGCUGGCGGACUCCUCCUCCUCUUGACCUUAACUGCAGGAGGCGCUUCCCGAGGCAGGGCCAUGCUCACGUUCAUGGCCUCUGACAGUGAGGAAGAAGUGUGUGACGAGAGGACAUCCCUGAUGUCGGCUGAGAGCCCCCCACCGCGCUGCUGCCAGGAGGCCCGGCAGGGCCUGGAGGACAGAGAGAGUGCUGCCCAAUGGUUCCAAAAUACCCGUGCCCGGCACCGCAGAGCCCACCACGGGGGCGUGCCAUGGCCCUCACCGAGCGGUUUUCCGCAGAGAAGCCAGGAUAGCGAGGAGGACCUCGACGAGGAUGCCGACCGCUACAUGUGCAGUGGGGUCCCCGGGCAGCCAUCGGGCCUGGAGGAGGAGCUGACCCUCAAAUAUGGGGCAAAGCACGUGAUCAUGCUGUUUGUGCCUGUGACGCUUUGCAUGGUUGUAGUGGUGGCUACCAUCAAGUCCGUGCGCUUCUACACGGAGAAGAACGGCCAGCUGCCCUAUGGAGCAGGCAGGGAGCAGAGUCUGCAGCCCGCCAUCUCCCUCAGCAUCUACACACCAUUCACCGAGGACACGCCCUCUGUGGGCCAGCGCCUGCUCAACUCCGUCCUCAACACCCUCAUCAUGAUCAGCGUCAUCGUGGCCAUGACCAUCUUCCUGGUCGUGCUCUACAAGUACCGCUGCUACAAGUUCAUCCAUGGCUGGUUGAUCAUGUCCUCCCUGAUGCUGCUGUUUCUCUUCACCUACAUCUACCUCGGGGAAGUGCUCAAGACCUAUAACGUGGCCAUGGACUACCCCACCCUGUUCCUGACUGUCUGGAACUUCGGGGCAGUGGGCAUGGUGUGCAUCCACUGGAAGGGCCCCCUCGUGCUGCAGCAGGCCUACCUCAUCAUGAUCAGUGCGCUCAUGGCCUUGGUGUUCAUCAAGUACCUCCCGGAAUGGUCCGCCUGGGUCAUUCUGGGCGCCAUCUCUGUGUACGAUCUCGUGGCUGUGCUGUGCCCCAAAGGGCCGCUGAGGAUGCUGGUGGAGACCGCCCAGGAGAGGAAUGAGCCCAUAUUUCCUGCCCUGAUAUACUCCUCUGCCAUGGUGUGGACGGUGGGCAUGGCCAAGCUGGACCCCUCCUCCCAGGGAGCCCUUCAGCUGCCCUACGACCCUGAGAUGGAAGAAGACUCCUAUGACAGCUUUGGGGAGCCCUCGUACCCGGAAGUCUUUGAGCCCCCCCUGCCUGGUUACCCAGGGGACGAGCUGGAGGAAGAGGAGGAAAGGGGCGUGAAGCUCGGCCUGGGGGACUUCAUCUUCUACAGCGUGCUGGUGGGCAAGGCGGCGGCCACGGGCAGCGGGGACUGGAACACCACGCUGGCAUGCUUCGUGGCCAUCCUCAUUGGUUUGUGUCUGACCCUCCUGCUGCUUGCUGUGUUCAAGAAGGCGCUGCCCGCCCUCCCCAUCUCCAUCACGUUCGGGCUCAUCUUCUACUUCUCCACCGACAACCUGGUGCGUCCGUUCAUGGACACCUUGGCUUCUCAUCAGCUCUACAUCUGACGGGGCCGGCAGCCAUGGGAGGCUGUCGUGGGGGCCCUCACGUAGUUCUACACUCUAGUGCCAUAUAUUUUUAAGACUUUUCUUUCCUUAAAAAAAAAGAAAAAGAAAAGAAAAGACGUGUCGUGUUUACUUGGCAAAGAGGAAGAACCAACUUUCUGGUGCUAGUGGUUUGUCACCUGACCAUGGCUCACUGGCUGGAAGCACCAGGAGUUGGUCGGGACGCGCCCUGGACCGCUGGGCCACGUGGGGAGGGUGUGGCGAGGUCGCCCACCCCACGCCACAGCCCAGGAUGCUUCGAGGGCCAAGCGAAGGAAGGGACCAGGAGCUCGUGCUCGGGAUGGCACCUAGCACCUGCCCGCGCUGGCAGGAGAAGAAAGCCAGUUUGCCCUGCGUGUCAUGUCCCCAACGCUUUGUCUGUGAUGUCAUCGUUAUUUUAUUACCUUUAGAAACCGAGUCCUGUUCUUGUUACAGCAGUUACUGCUGGGAAGUGGCUUAAUAUCAAUAAAUAGGUGAAUCUUCCCGGAA